AUGGCUAUGACUAUGGGAUUACACCGAGACCCUCAAGUCUUUCCAGGUUUAGUGCUGUUCCAAGCAGAGAUGCGGAGUAGGCUUUGGGCGACUAUCCUGGAACUAGUAGUUCACGAAUCUAUCGACUCAUCGUCAAUGCCGCUAAUGAUUUCGCCUCGGGACUUCGAUGAACAUGUGCCUCAUAACCUCAAUGAUGCGGAUCUGUGGCCAGAUACCAAGGAAUUCCCUACACCAAAGCCACUGAAACAGUUUACAGAGUCCUCGAUUCAAUUAUUGAUACGACAGUCUCUGCCAAUCCGUAUGGAGGCGGCCAAGCUGAUCAACAGCUCUGAUUCAGGGCAGUCGUAUAAUACCGUGCUUCAGCUUGCUACAGACCUACAAAACGCCUGCCGUGAUCUCGCAGCCUACUUUCAACUGCACUGGCCACAAUACUCAGCCGAGACAGCUCUACAUAGGAAGUUCACCGAUAUGCAACUUCGUCGCUAUAUCCUACUGCUUCACCGGCCCUACAUGUUACAAGCCCAGCAGGAUCCACGGUUCUACCUCUCUCGGAAAAUCUGUGUGGAGUCGGCUAUGAUUAUCGCAUCAUAUGCUGAGAGCCUUCAGCUCCCUUCCCAGUGCCUUGAUGACCUGUCACGUCUCAUGGUAAUGAGUACUGGUCCAUUUUCCGGUUCUCUUCACCUCGACGUCAUUACUGUUCUAGGCCUGGAGGUAACCAGUCAGCUCAAAGAAACAACUACAGGAUCAUCAGAAACCGGCCAGCUCAUUACAGACCCCUUAGCCGAGAUGUCGAAAGCUCAACGAGGGCCUAUAAUUCGCAUACUGGAGCAUAUCAACGAUCAGAUGCUUCAGAUUGUUGCCCUAGGAAUUGCGAGGUUCAAGCGGUACAUCUUUCUCUCAGUCAUACUUUGUCAAAUACGAGCAUUAGAGUCUGGUACAAGAGAGAUCCAGCCGUUAAUGAUCAAAGCAGUCCAUGAGAGUGCGAAGAACUGCUAUAUGACGUUCCAGUCGUCUCAGUCUAUCAGCACCCCACAGGGCUCUAUCGAGACGUUGAUCUGUACCGAGUCGCCACUUGGGUUAGAUUUUGACCUUAUGGUAAGUGGGAGGCUUCACCUUCUGGCAGCGCAGUUUCUGACACUAUUAGAACCCUAA